GGUGCUCCCUCCGCUCCCGGUGCUCCCGCCGCUCCCGGUGCUCCGCGUCCCUCUGCCGCCCCGCGCCUCGCCGCCGACACCCCGCCACCAUGGAGGCCAUCAAGAAGAAGAUGCAGAUGCUGAAAUUGGACAAGGAGAAUGCCAUCGACCGCGCCGAGCAAGCGGAGGCUGAUAAGAAGCAGGCGGAGGAUCGCUGCAAGCAGCUGGAGGAGGAGCAGCAGGGCCUGCAGAAGAAGCUGAAGGGCACUGAGGAUGAGGUGGAGAAGUACUCCGAGUCUGUCAAGGAGGCCCAGGAGAAGCUGGAGCAGGCGGAGAAGAAAGCUACAGAUGCUGAGGCUGAAGUGGCUUCCCUCAACCGCCGUAUCCAGCUGGUAGAGGAGGAGCUGGACCGCGCCCAGGAGCGUCUGGCCACUGCCCUGCAGAAGCUGGAGGAAGCCGAGAAGGCGGCUGAUGAGAGCGAGAGAGGCAUGAAGGUCAUCGAAAACAGGGCCAUGAAAGAUGAAGAGAAGAUGGAACUCCAGGAGAUGCAGCUGAAGGAGGCGAAGCACAUAGCAGAGGAGGCUGACCGCAAAUACGAGGAGGUUGCCCGUAAGCUGGUUGUUCUUGAGGGAGAGCUGGAGCGCUCAGAGGAGAGGGCAGAGGUGGCGGAGAGUAAAUGUGGUGACCUAGAGGAGGAGCUGAAAAUUGUCACCAACAACUUGAAGUCCCUGGAGGCCCAGGCUGACAAGUAUUCCACCAAGGAGGAUAAGUAUGAGGAGGAAAUCAAGCUUCUAGGGGAAAAGCUGAAGGAGGCUGAGACCCGGGCCGAGUUUGCCGAGAGGUCUGUGGCGAAGCUGGAGAAAACCAUUGAUGACCUAGAAGAGCGCUCUCAGCAGGAGGCCGAGAGAAACCGUGUUCUCACUAACGAGCUGCGGGUCAUCCUUACUGAACUUAACAACUGAGCUGCCCAGAGCUCCUGGCCCCGGCCCAGCCUCCCUGCCCCAUUUUGGCCAGGCUGGCUCCAGGCUGGGAGCCCCUCCCCACUGGGGUGAGGCAGGGUGUGAAGCCUUGCCUUAUCCUCAUAGGGGUAACUACCCUGAUUGGGCAGGACAGGGCGCCCCUCUGGAGUUGAUCAGUUUUUGUGGGAGAGAUAUGAAGGGUUUUGGGAUGUCCUGGGAUGCCUACCUAGUGAUGGCUGUCCUCUGGCACCAUCCUGGCUCUGCUGGGGAGGGAUGCAGUGGCUUGUAUUGCUGCCUUCCUCCCC